AGGGGUGGGGCUACAUAGCUGAAUGGGUAACGCAGAAGGAGAGCACUAAUACGAGGUAUGGAGGAAAACAAAAUGGAGCGAAAGAUGGGAAGAUAAGCGAAUGGCUAAUAAAGGGAGGCCGUAUGGGGCUCGAGGGCAUUCUGGAAAAAUGAAGAGAUUCUUUGAGACUGAAGACUUUUAUGCUUUGGAGCCGAUCCGUGUGGACCAAGACCAAGCAAACAUAACAUUCGGGAACAACAUUACCCUGAAUCAGGUGAUUGGAGAGCGGAAAAUGUCGACAGAAUGUCUGAUGAACCCAGAUUUUUUGAUAGAGUUCAUUGAAAUGUAUCGAUCUUUACCUUGCUUGUGGAGAGUAAAAUCAUCGGAUUAUUCCAAUCGACAAAAAAAAGCAGAGGCAUAUGACAAACUGCUCAGUCUAUGCAAGUCGGUGUGCCCUACAGCAACCCUAGAACUUGUUAAAAAUAAGAUUGCAAAUUUACGAACCGUGUUCAAGAAAGAGUUAAAGAAAGUGGAGGCUUCAGUAAAUGCAGGUGCUUCGGGUGAGGAAAUCUAUAUACCACGACUGUGGUAUUUUGAUCUUCUGAAAUUUACUAUUGACCAGGAUGUGCCAACUCCAUCUAUGUCCCGCUUUCCUGACACCUAUGAGGUGCAACAGGAGGAAGAUAACACAGAUGACAGCUUGGAAAGCACUGGGGAAGGUGCAAACUUGUCCCAGGUCCUUGCAAAGAAGAAAACUUCAACAGAAAUUUUUAUGAACCCAGAGUUUCUAAAAGAAUUUAUUGAAAUGUAUAAGUCUUUACCUUGCUUGUGGAAAGUAAAAUGUUCUGAUUAUUCCAAUAGGCAGAAAAAAACAGAGGCAUAUGAAAAACUAACCGAUCUUUGUAAAACAGUUUGUCCCUCAGCAACUGUAGACCUUGUUAAACAUAAAAUUGCAAAUUUGCGAACAGUAUUCAAGAAGGAGUUAAAGAAAGUAGAGGCAUCAAUAAGAUCUGGUGCUUCUGGCGAGGACAUCUACAUACCACGUCUGUGGUACUUUGACCUUCUGAAAUUUACCAUCAUUCAGGAUGUACGCAUACCAUCUGUAUCCCACUUUCCUGACACAUAUGAGAUGCAACAGGAGGAAGAAAACACAAAUGAUAGCCUAGAAAGUGCCGGAGAAAGUAAAAACUUCUCCCAGGUUUGUAUUCGUCCCCAAAUUCAUGAAGUUAUUGAAAUGCCCCAGCAAGUCCCUCCAAUUCAAAACCAAAAAAGACGGCGGACCGUAAAUGAGGAAUUGAGCAGACAGCUACUUAAUGAAGCAACUGCAGUUCUCAACCAAAAAGAAGAUGAAUUUGAUGCAUUUGGUGUUACAGUUGCAGCAAAGUUACGCAAAAUGGAUGAAAAGCAAAGACUAUUAUCAGAGGUACUUAUCACUGAUAUUUUAUUCAAAGGAAUGAUGAAGAAACUCACUGAAGAAACAAGUAUUUCUCUUUUUCAAAGUCCUCACUUUUCUUGUCAAAUACCAGGUUGCUCCAGUUCUGUUGACUAUGCUUAUUCAAGUUCUCAUCAACCAACUUUACUGCAACAAGAAUUUGUCUCCCUGAACCAUGAGUAUAACUGUACUAGUACACCUGCCAGGGCAAGCACUUCAUUUUGUUUAUCAACAAUGCCUGCUUCGCAAGUAACAGAAUCUUCUUGCAAAGAAGAACAUUUAUAACUACUUUUUUUUUUUAAGUCAUGCCCUUCACUUUCUACUGUGUUUUACUCUGACACUAAUUUACAUCUGUUUUAUUUAGAUUGUAAUUACAUUUUUUAUUGUACAGGUCAUUUUAUAUUGAUGUUUAUAAAUACAUUGAUUAUCAUGGAUAACUGUUUUCCUUCUGCCAUUUUUCAAGGGAAAGUUAUGAAACAAAGUAACGAUCUGAUGGACCAAGCCAUGGACAUAACUUCUGUUUCCUCCUUUUAACGGUUAACUCCUAUUUUGUAAGAAAAAUAAAUAAAAAGAUAUAGGAUUUACAAUUGA